CAGAGGUUGUGGCACUGUGCUGCAGCUGAGAGCAGAACCACCUGAUGCCUCAUUUCUAUAUCCACCUCUUCAGGUCUAUCUGCUUAUUUAUUGGUUUCAUUGCACUGUUGGGUUUUUGUAAUCUUGUCCAUCUGUUACACACAAAAGCUGGGUUUGUAAAUGUUAGAUUGCUUGUUCUCCAAUGAAUGAUCCUCUUGUGUUUUGCUGUAGAAGCAGCUGAGCAGCGUUCCAGUGUAGGAUGCUUCGCCAUGCCCUAGGAAAAACCUUCCGGUUUCUGGGGUACACGGUGCAAUAUGGCUGCAUAGCACACUGUGCCUUUGAGUACCUUGGAGGAAUUGUUGUGUGCUCUGGACCUUCAAUGGAACCAACCAUUCAAAACUGUGAUAUUGUGUUUUCAGAGAACCUCAGCCGUCACUUUUACUGCAUUCGAAAAGGAGAUAUUGUAAUUGUGAAAAGCCCAAAUGACCCCAAAUCAAAUAUCUGUAAAAGAGUAAUUGGCUUGGAAGGGGAUAAAGUCUGCACAAGCAACCCUUCAGAUUUCCUUAAGAGUCACAGCUAUGUGCCUAAAGGACAUGUUUGGUUAGAAGGUGAUAAUCUCAGGAAUUCUACAGAUUCCAGGUGCUAUGGACCUGUUCCUUAUGGGCUGAUAAGAGGACGCAUUUGUCUAAAGAUAUGGCCUCUUAAUGACUUUGGAUUUCUACGUGCAAGCCCCAAUGGCCACAGAUUUCUUGAUGAUUAAAAGACUUAAGUUACUAUUGACAGUUUUCAUAGUAUUUUCUACUAGAAUGAAUGGAACUAUUUUUGUUUAGAAUAAACACAAAUAUUACUUGA